CACUGGUGGGUGGCACUGGUGGGCAGCACAGGUGGGUGGCACUGGUGGGCACGGGGUGGGUGGCACUGCUGGGCACAGGUAGGUGGCACUUCUGGGCACAGGUGUGUGACACUGCAGAGUGGCACAGGUGGGUGCACUGCUGGGCACAGGUGGGUGAUCUGCUGGGCACAGGUGGGCGGAGCUAGUGGGCGCACUGCUGGGCACAGGUGGGCGGAACUUGCGGGUGGCACUGCUGGGCACCGAUCGGAGAUCGCCGGGUGCGCGCCCCCCUGGGGCGCGCAGGAGAGCGCGUUCUGGGAGGACGUCAUAUGACGUCCACUCAGAACUGGC